UGAUCUCGUUAUUGCACUUCCAUCUCCGAAUACACAAAAACAAAACCCAUUUUUUAACUUUUCUACGCCGCUUUGCUUUCCUUUUAUCUUCUUUUUUGCGUUUUGCAGUUUCGACGGCGCUCCCCGUCGUUGUUUUGUCCCGUCUCUCCUCAUUCCCAAAUUGCUCUUCUUCUCUCGCCUUUUCUUUUUCUCCGAAACUCCCAGAAAAAUUCUUUUGAAAUUGAAUCUCAAUAAUUUUUAUUUAUUUAUUUAACUUUCGUGGUUUUUAUUUGUGUAUGUGCUAAACGGUGUCGGUUCCUCUUAAAGAAAGUGGAAAACGCAAACUCGUGGUUUUUUAGUUGUACUUUUGCAACUGCCCAGGAAAACGGCGUCGUUGUCCUUGGAGAUAUCAAAUCGGAAGUUUUCCCUAUUCUCGCCGGAGAAUUCUGAUUUUUCCGGUGAACCAAAACCAAUCAGUUCCUCCCAAGAUUGAUUAUUUCCACUGUCACCAAUGGACGUAACAUUGGUGGACCCUUACGGAACGAACCCUGGACCAAUGGAUGCUUCAGUACUUUAUGAUCAAGAGAAACAUGUUUCCUCCGCAGUUUGGGAUGGGCAGGAGCGUGGUGCACUUAGAUGUCAUGAACACACUUCAAAGCUCGACCAGUGGACACUCACUCGAAAACAAGUUGAGUUAGUCGAGAAGGCUGGGUUUGGGUAUUUAAGAUUGAUUCCUGCAAUAAGUCUAGACAAUCCACUAAUUUCUGCGUUAGUUGAGAGGUGGAGGAGGGAAACAAACACUUUCCACUUGAAUGUCGGAGAAAUGACUGUAACCCUCAAGGAUGUUGCAUUGUUGCUUGGACUAGCUAUUGAUGGAGAACCCGUAAUCGGUACAACUUACACCACCUGCCACAUAGUGUGUGAAAAGUAUCUAGGGAAGGCACCAGAAUCUGGUUAUACUAGUGGUGGGAUGGUAAAGCUAAGUUGGUUGAAAGAGUUCUUUUCUUGGUGUCCUGAAGAUGCCCCACUUGAGGUUGUCGAGCGUCAUACCCGUGCUUACCUCUUGUACCUUGUAGGCAGCACUAUUUUUUCUACCACCACGGGGAAUAAAGUCCCUGUUAUGUACCUUCCAUUAUUUGAGAAUUUUGACCGGUGUGGAAAAUAUGCCUGGGGAGCUGCAGCAUUGGCAUUCUUGUAUAGGGCCUUAGGCAAUGCCUCGCUGAGAUCUCAGAGUACAAUUAGUGGCUGUUUAACACUGCUACAGUGUUGGAGUCACUUUCACUUGAACAUUGGUCGACCAAAGCUCAAUCAUGAUCUGACACAUGAGUGCUUUCCAUUUGUGCUUAGAUGGAAGGGGAAACAAAGUGGUCCAACAGCGAACCGCGAUGUAGUAUUUUACCGUAAGGCAUUGGAUUCUCUGAAACCAUGUGAUGUAGAGUGGCUUCCUUAUAGAAACAUGGACAGUACAUUAAUUCCAGAAGAUAUUAAGAAUAAUUUGAUCUUAGGGAGGUCAAAAACAAUGUUAAUUUGUUUUGACAAGGCAGAAAGGCAUCUCCCUAACCGUUGCUUAAGGCAAUACGGCAUGGUUCAGUCAAUCCCAGAAGAUGUACAACAAUGGGAGAGGAAAAGUCGUGGAGUUGAUGGUGGGGUUGACUUGUCAAUGAAGAUGCAAUCAGAAGUUGAUGAAUGGUCUGAGCGUCAAUCUCAUAUCGUGGAUGGUGAUAAUGCUGCAGAUGAAAAUGAAUACAUGCAGUGGUACCUGAAAAUUACCCGUAAAUUUGUAGGGAGGCCUAUAUCUCUCUCAUCAGAGUUUCAGAGAACAAAUGCUGGUCUGAGGGAUAUUGCACAUAUAGUUGACACAUUCUCUACAAAGGGGUUGGAUCCUCAACAAAUUGAGUUGGUUUCUAGGAUCAGAUAUGUCGCGCAUGAAUGUCUGAGAGACCAAGUUGGAGGCCCAGCCAUUGUGACAGCUACCCCACAAGUUGAAGUCGGGAAAAGAGGAAAGGAGAGAGUAAGAAGAAAGAGUACUGGAAAACGUCUAAGAAAGGAUGAAUCAAUGCAAUAUGGUGCAGCUAGCGAGGAUGACCAAUCUCAUUAUGGUGCUACUGAUGAGAUUGCUCAAUUGCAAUUGCAGCAUGGAGAUAGAGAAGAGAACCACCAUCAACUAUAUGCUUUAGAUAGCGUGGACAAUCCUUUACGAAUAAUUGCAGAUGGUGAGAAUGAACCUCUGCAUCUGUGCAGUGCAGAUAUCGAGAUUGAUCAUUCACCGCUAAACAAUGCAACUGUUGAGGUAGUUGAUGCUGAGAUGAGCCAUGCAUCUAUGAAAGCUGAAGGGACCCAGUUUCUUAAUGAAACAGAAAAGAACAAUGACUUGCAGCCCUCUGCUGCAGUGACUGAGGUUAAGGACUCCCAACUUUCUGAUGCAACGCUGGAGGUUUACCUGCAGAAUCAUGAUGCAAAUGAGGUUGUCAACCCACAACGUCAUGAAAUAACUAAGGAGGUCGUUGACUCACAGUUUAAUGAUACAAAUAAGGACGAUGUAGAUUCACAGCUUAAUGAUGCAAAUAAGCAUGCCAUUGAAUCACAGCUGAGUGAUGCAAGUAAAGAGGUUAUUGACUCACAGCCGAGUGAUGUAACUAAAGAGGUCAUCGACUCCCAGCUCAGUGAUGCAAAGGAGGUCACUGACUCACAGCUUAGUGACGUGAAGGAGGUCAUGGACUCGCAGCUUCCUGAUGCAGUCAACAAUGUCAAUGGAUCACAACUUUCUCAGGUUACUAAUGAGUGAUCAAGAGACAGCUAAAGCAGCAGCAUAAGUUCAACAAUCAUCUGUUGAAACUUCCAUAGAUGUGGUACAACCGAAUGUUGUCGCAUUAUAGUAUAAUCUGAAGUCACUAUCAGGCAACUUUUUGGACUCAUGUAAGAUUGAUGUGAUAAUUUCGCGUGUGCAUGUGUAUACAUAUUGUCUUACCUGCUUUCUUGAUCUGAUGAAUUUGAAAUUCCAUUCUGUUAUGGCAGGCAGCUGAAGGCUGACUAAUAUUUCAAAUGAGGCUAGACUAAGGAGUACCUGGAUUAAAAUUUUCUCCUCUUUGCGUCAUGCUGUGAAUUUUUCUUGGCUGAUCUAAUUUAGUGUUUAUAAUUUUCGAGUUAUUAAUUAUAUCGUGUAAUAUCUGAGGUAUUUUCAGCUCAAAUCUUUUUUUGUCUUGUGUUCUACACAAGUAGCUUAUUUUAGGAUUACAUCUUUUGUUUCCCCCCAAGAAUUUUGUUUUUCUCACUCUAGCUGGAAAAUUCAAUCAAGGAAAGAUAGCUAGCAAGAAACGA